UUUUUUAUAUUUAAUUCUAUAUUAAAUGCCAAUUGUUUUUAAAAGUGAAUGUAGCUAAGAAUUAAAGUUACCUUCGUUUAAAUAACAUCAGUUAAAUAGAAAAACACAAUCGUUACUUUUAAUAUAACCUUUAAUUUUAAUUUCUAAUGUGUUUUAACGUUUAUUAAAAUAUGAAAACAAUUUCUAUAUAAAGAAUGGCCGAUUUAGAUGAAUACAGAGAAGGAAUACGAUAUAUUAAAUUAUAUGCUUCUGAUUAUAAUAUAUCAGAAUUACAAAUAACUGAGAUUUUUAACAAGUGUUUUCAAACGCUUGAGAUAAAAUAUAAUAAAAAAACUUGGAGUAUUACAAAAUUAUUAACAUAUGUUACAACAUUUAUAUGUGCAUUAUUAAUUAUUUUUAUUGGCCUAUAUAAUCAUCCUUUUUAUAAUACUGUAAUAUUAAGAAAUUUGCAAAGUUCUAUUUAUCCUGGCUUUACUAUUCUACGUAAAAUAGCUUUGCCAAUUAUAGAACAAUAUCCACCAUUGUCAGAGUUUUACGAUGAAUGGUGUUUAGUUGAAAAUCCAUAUUUUUAUAUUUAUGAUAUGAAUUGUUGGCCAUGUAGUAUCAUUCAUUCUAUGGCAGAUUUAACAAAUCAUAAUAUAUCUAAAAAUUUUAAUAUUGGCAUUCCUUAUACAAAAACAGAAAAUAAUAUGACUGUUAAUAUGCAAGAUUUGUAUGAAAUGUAUUUGUAUAAUAAUGAAACUUUUAAAGAAGAUGCUAAUAGAGUACGUUCUAAUAAUGAAGCAUAUUCCACUAUUCAUGAUGUUAUGAAUAAAAGAUUGGAUAAUUAUCCUUCUGAAUUUCUUACGACUCAUAUAACAUGGAGAGUAAAUCGUAUGAAACCUGGAAGGAUUAUACGGAAAUUGUUUCCAAAACCUACGGAUACUCCUAAUUGGUGGGGACAAAGUACAGAGAAAUUUGUAUUUAUUGAUGAAGCAAACUCUCCGCUUUAUUCAUUGCCUAGAUCUGAAUGCAGUAAUGUAAUAUUAAGAUUAACCGAUGGAGCAAGAUUAAUAAGAAUGAUGCCAAGUUUAGAGUGUCAACAAAGUUGUUCAACUUUUACGAUUCUUCUUUCCAAGGGGAACACAUUGUGGUAUAAUUGGUGGUAUUGGCAUCCAAUCAGUUUACCAGUUCCUAAUUCAAGUACUAUUUCUAUAAGUUAUCUUACUUCAUUUUGUUAGCAUAAUAUUUCAAUUAAAGAUAUAAUACAUGUGCAAUAUAAACUUCUAACAAAGUUUAUAUAAUAAAUAAUUUUAUAUUUUGUAUUAUCAUAAUUUAUUUUAUUUUGGAUAAUAGUAUAUACUUCUGUAUAUAUGAGACCUUGUUUGUGUGUCUUACAUUUUUAAUAAUUAUUUACAUAUAUUAUAAUUUAUAUAAAUAUAAUGAAAAAAAAAGACAACAUGCAAGUAUUUAAUAGGAAAUUACAAAUUGUUACAAGAUAAGAUUUAUAACAGAUUUAAGGAACACAGCAGACCAAUGUGCCAGCUAGACAUAUUUAUACAAAUCAUUAAAUGUUAUAAUUUUGCCUAAUAUGCAAUUACAAACUAAAAGAUAUGUAUAAUUUAAAGUGAAAUUAAUAUAUCAUCUGCAUCGAAA